AUGUUGACGAGCCUGGUCUUCUGCGGCGGCCAUUCAUCACCUCGCAAUGGCGUUUGCCUACUCUCAGUGAUCGAGGGAAUCACCAACCGGCAGCCUGGGGAUCACAAGCUCACGACAUCUCGAGAGGCGUUGGCCAGAUCGAGCCACGCUGUUGUGGUCGCAGCAAGCCACCACGCUGGCUCGGCUCCCGUGACCAUUUGUCUCGGACGCCGCGUCGACUGUCCAUCUGCCAGCCAUUUCAGCCUUGCACGGGAGACCUGCGGUGGCACAGCACUUCCACGCUCGAUCGCCGCGCAUGCGCCAUCUCGCGGGAGGCGGUUGGCUGUUGCGCUUCUCGGCCGUCUUCAGGCUGAUCAUGCGGCCGCAGCAUACGGGCCAUUGCCACCAAAAUUUGGCUGGCUUUCGCACUGA